UACUAUUAUCCGUUUGCAGAAGAAAAAAAAAAUAAAACAAACGCAGCUUUUGUUUCUUCUCUUUUCUAUAUAUUUAAAUUCAAAACAAGUAAAAAAAAAAAAAUCCUCUGCUCCUCUUCCUCAUUGCACUCUUUCGUUACACCUCUAAACUCAAAACCCAUCAAUAUCUCUCUUGCUGAGCGAUCAAUUUAGGGUUUUGAAACAGUGAAUCUUCACCACCUCAGGAUGCAAUGUGAUAUUUGUAAUUUUCAUUACAAAAGAAGGGGACAGAUAAUCUUACAGUAGUAUGGCAACUGAGAGUCCAAUUAGAAUCUCCGAAGCUGGGGGUAAAUGGCCAUCACAUAAGGAAGCUACAGCUUUCGGUUCAACAUCUCGCAACAUGGCAACAGAGGAUUUGGGUAUACUUUUGAAUGGCCAUAGGUUCCAUGGUGGGAGAAAGGAUGUGACACCAAACCGCAGUGGCAGUGCACCUCCCAGCAUGGAAGGCUCGUUUUUGGCCAUAGAAAACCUCUUACCCCAGCAGAUCAUCACCCAGAAUGCAAGCUUUGCAGCUCUAAGCAGUGCCAUGCAAAAUUGCGAGUCUGAAGAACAAUUACGAGCAGAUCCAGCUUAUUUGGCAUAUUACAGUUCCAAUGUCAACCUAAACCCUAGACUUCCUCCCCCACUUACAUCCUGGGAAAACCGCCAUUUAGGACAUCAUAUUGGCAGUUUUAGAAAUAAUUGGAGAAUGUCUGCUGCUGAUGAUAGUGAUAAAAGUUCUUUAGAUUUGCCUCAAAGGACUCUUUCCACACACAAGGAGGAGUCGGAAGAUGAAUCACACCAACAGCCAUAUGAUGACGAAUUGAUUAAGGCGAGCGGAUUGUGGCGUAGACCUGAUGCGGCUUCAUUGGCAUCUCAACCUAAAAACGUUGUUGAUUUAAUUCAGGAGGAUUUUCCUCGCACCAUGUCACCUGUAUAUAGUAAGUCUCUUUCCGAAAGUCCUGGACUGGUGGAUAAACCAAUUGACUUAGAAGUCGGUUCUAGUUCUUCUCAUGAUCCCCCUGUUACUACAGUAGAAGCUGCUAAACCUACUGUAGGUGCGGAUAGCAUAAGGGUGUCAUCAAUUGUUGAUACCCAUGCCCCUGUUGCAAGCUCAUCAUCUCUUGAAUCCACUGGUAGCAUUGGUGUUAAUGACUUAGACGUUGCAUCUGUUGCAUCUCAACUGAAGGCUCUUGGUGUAUCUAAUCUACCACACUCAGAAAGUCUGAGUUACGAAGAAAAGUGGAAGACUAGCUACCAGAACAAUUUGAUGCAACGCCCAGGAUUCCAGCAACAAAACAAUGCAUCUGAUAUUCCUAGCGCCAAUUCUCAAAAUGUAAAUUCUGUGUAUAUUGGUAGGGAACAGUUUCCUUUUAAUUCAAGCAAGUUCUCCAAUGUCCAGCCACUACUGCAGUCGUCUGGGUUUACACCUCCCCUAUAUGCCACAGCAGCUGCUUAUAUGAACUCAGCAAAUCCAUUUUACACAAAUAUGCAGGCCCCAGGUAUGUAUACUCCACAAUAUGUUGGUGGAUACACUGUAAAUCCGACAGCUUUUCCUCCAUAUGUUACUGCAUACCCUCCUCAUGGUGCUGUACCGUUUGUUGUUGAUGGAGCUACUAGUUCUAGUUAUACUCCACUAACACCUGGGGUUUCAACUGGGGGAAACAUUUCACAUGGAACUGAAAUGGUACAGGCAAACAAGUACCUUGGGCAAUUUGGAUUUCCUGUGCAGCCUUCUUUUGGUGAUCCCAUGUACAUGCAAUAUCAGCAGCAGCCUUUUGUGGAGGGAUAUAGUAUUUCUGGUCAUUUUGACCCAAUGACACCUAGAGCAAGUAGUGUUAACCAAAUUAGCCCUUAUGAUUCACAAAAAAGGCCCAGUACAGGUACUUAUUUGGAUGAUAAAAAAUUACCUGAUCAGAGAUCUGCUACUAAUAUGAACUCAAGAAGAGGUGGAUUAUUGAUUCCUAGUUAUUUUGGACACAUGCCAAAUAUGGGUUUUUUAAUGCAGUAUCCAAGUUCACCACUUCCAAGCCCAGUUUUAUCUGGAUACCCAGAAGGAAGUCCAGGCCAUCUAGGUGGUAAUAAUGAAAUAAAACUAUCCCCAGCUUCUGGUAGAAAUGGAGGCAUAAUAUCUGAAUGGCAAGGUCAGAGAUCAUUUGAUGGUGGUCAUGACCCCAAAAUUGUUAAUUUUCUUGAAGACUUAAAAUCUGGCAAAGGUCGAAGGUUUGAGCUAUCUGAUAUUAUUGGACAUAUUGUUGAAUUUAGCUCUGAUCAGCAUGGGAGUCGAUUUAUACAGCAGAAGUUGGAAAGUUGUAGUGUUGAAGAGAAGACAUUGGUGUUUAAGGAGGUUCUUCCACAUGCUUCUAAAUUAAUGACUGAUGUAUUUGGUAACUACGUGAUACAGAAGUUUUUUGAGUAUGGAAGCCCUGAGCAGAGGAGGGAACUUGCAGAUCGGCUGGUUGGCCAGAUACUACCUCUAAGUCUGCAGAUGUAUGGCUGUCGUGUAAUCCAAAAGGCACUUGAGGUUAUUGAGCUUGAACAGAAAGCUCAGCUUGUUCAUGAGCUAGAUGGAAAUGUUAUGAGAUGUGUUCGUGACCAAAACGGUAACCAUGUAAUUCAAAAAUGCAUCGAAUCGAUUCCAACCAAAAAAAUUAGUUUUAUACUAUCUGCAUUUUGUGGUCAAGUUGCUAUUCUAUCAAUGCAUCCCUAUGGAUGUCGAGUCAUACAGAGAGUACUAGAACAUUGCACAGACGAGAGUCAGUGUCAGUUUAUUGUUGAUGAAAUCUUGGAGUCAGUUUGUGAUCUUGCUCAGGACCAGUAUGGCAAUUAUGUUACACAGCAUGUCUUGGAGAGAGGAAAGCCUCAAGAAAGGAGCCAAAUUAUCAGCAAGUUGUCAGGACAUAUUGUUGAAUUAAGCCAGCAUAAGUUUGCUUCAAAUGUUGUAGAAAAAUGUUUGGAGUAUGGUGAUGCCACCGAACGGGAGAUGCUAAUUGCAGAGAUAUUUGGGCAUGGUGAACAAAGUGAUAAUUUAUUGAUAAUGAUGAAAGAUCAAUUUGCUAAUUAUGUGGUCCAGAAGGUCAUUGAUAUCUGUUCUGAAAAACAGCAAGCGAUGUUACUUUCUCAAGUAAGAAUUCAUGCACAUGCUUUGAAGAAAUACACAUAUGGGAAACACAUUGUGGCUCGGUUGGAACAUCAAUUUGGAGAGAAUCAAACACCAGGCUCAUGAUGAGAAGAGAGACGAAGCCAUGUGUCUUCAAUGCAACUGUGACGUGCAAAACCCACAGCUUCAACAUAUGUUGUUUGGUCACAGGAAAUAGCUGAGACAUUGAUAGGUUCCUGUUGUUUUUCUCCUGACUUCAUGCCUGCGCCUUGAUAUAGCUUCCACAUCGAUGGCCUCAGGAGAUAUCAGUAUAUACAACUAUACUUUUAAACUCUGUAAUUAUGAGAUUCAAAAUAAUUGCUUCAAAAUGUUAUUUGGGUAUAAUUAUUUGGAAGGAAACCCUUCCCUUCCUGAUGUAUAAGUUACUGUGUCUUUCGUGCUCAGUGUGGGGUUUUCUUGAGAUACAGGUAUUCUAGAGUUCUAGAACUGAACUAGUGCGUGUCACUUUAGCACCUGAUCCUUGUGAUGGAUGCAUGUAUGUUUUAGUUGAAAAUGAUUAAAUUGGUUGCCGUUUUUUUAUCACUCGUAGCAGAUAUUGGGGAGUAGAUUCCCUCACUCUGACUGCGACGAAAUGGUGGAGUUGAUGCUUCUUCAGCCAAUGAAUAUUAUUUUAAUCAUUUA